AUGAUCGAUAUCCCGCCUGUUGCGGCGUCAAUUUUGUGGAUCCGUCAAAUUGAUGCGAAACUAACGCAGUAUAUGAAGCGUAUCGAGGAUGUUCUUGGACGUGGUUGGGAAAAUCAUGUUGAAGGUAUGAGUGAUCUGACAACAUCAAUUCUGGAAUCGGGGCAUGCAAUGCCACAAUGCUCGUACACGCUGCACCGUGAUUCGCCCAACGGGCCUAUCCUGCGAUACGCCCGAGUGGGCGACAUUGUCUUUCAUGUAUGGGAUUGCCCGUCUGAUGUUUAUGCAAUGCUCAUUCACACUUGCUACAUUUUGGAUGGACAGGGCGGCGAACAUCAAGUGCUCAACUGA